AAACUAGAAUGAAUCACCAGUCAGGCAUUGCGUAACUUUUUCAGUUUCUUCGUCAUUCUGUGUUUUACUAUCGUUCCCUUUAAACGAGGAGCACAUCAUCUAAUUGGUGGGGUCCGGUCAUAGUUUCGCGGUUCAUAUUAUUUUAAAAAGCAAAUCUAAAUGUAAAUAUGUUUUUUUUCUGUUUGCUACUGCUUAACUAAAAACACUUCCGCCAGAUUGGUGUCUUUACAUCUUUAGAAGUAGUUUUUUAACCGGUGUUGACUCGUUGUUACCCCCCUGUUGUAGCCGGAAUGGUACGGUCCAUUCCAUCUGUUCGGCUCCGUUGAGACACUGAUUGAAGCAGAUCGUAGCGCUCCGCUGGUCGCAAUGGCAACCGCUCCAACAGGAAGGGAGCGACAACUUUCUUCUUGUUUGUAAUGUUCCGGAGGAGUUCUGAGUCACUGAAGAAGCUACUUUCCUAUGUGAGGAAGGAUCGUUACACACUUUAAGUGAUCCCAAAAUGUCCCAGGGAUGUCCCGUUUCUGUGGAAGAGGUCCAGUCCUGGUGGGAAGUCCCCGCCAUAGCCCACUUCUGCUCGCUGUUCAGGACGGCGUUCCGGCUUCCAGACUUUGAAAUAGAGGAGCUGGAGAAGGCUCUUUCAGAGCAGGACCUGGACUUCCUCGGCGACCUCGUUGCCUGCUUGUUGCAAGGAUGCUACCAGCGCACUGAUAUAAACCCCCAGACGUUCAGCAGCUACCUGGAUGACAUCAUCAGCUACAGGUGGGAGCUGGAGGAGGGGAAGCCCAACCCGCUGCGGGACGGGCCGUUCGACAGCCUCCACCCUCGCACUCAGGUGGAGCUGCUGCACAGGCUGUGCGACUACCGCCUGGAUGCUGCAGACGUCUUCGACCUGCUGAAGGGGCUGGAUGCAGACAGCCUGAGGGUGGAACCCCUGGGGCAAGAUGGAGACGGCGCCCUCUACUGGUACUUCUAUGGCACUCGUAUGUACAAAGAGGAGCCACUGGACAGGAAAGCUGAGAGUCUCAGUGAGUUUGAUCUAACAUUACCAGAGAGGAGGAGGAGAGGAAGACCGCCAAAGAAACGAAAGCUAGAAGACAAUAAUCUAAGUGAAGAUGAAAGUGAGGGGACAGAUGUGAAGUCAGACAAUGGGCUGGAUGACUUUCCUCCAAGUCCGGCAGGCCGUCAGCGAGGCGCCUGGUCUCUGGUGUGUGACACGGAGGAGCAGUGGAUCAGCCUGGCGGAGAGCAUCAAGGACAGAACGUCCCCACAGGACCGCCAUCUUUACCGCGUCAUCAGCCAGAACUUCCUGCCUGAGAUCAGCACCAUGAUCGAGCACAAGGAGCGAGAGCAGAAGCAGAAGUUACUGGACCCGGCGCCAGUCCGGACCUCGCAGUGGUUCUCUGAAAACCACAUUAAACCUGAGAAAGAGGACAAUCUGAAGGCCAGAUCAGAGGAGGAGAGGCGGAAAGACGAAGAACUGGACCGGCAGGUUCUGCUGGCUGAGCAGCGCCGGGAAGAGGAGCGCCUCCUGCAGGAGGAGCAGCAGAGGGAGAAGCUGGAGAAGAUGAAAGCUGUGGAGGAGCGAGCGAAGAGGCGGAAGAUGCGUGAGGAGAAGGCCUGGCUGCUCUCCCAGGGAAAAGAUCUUCCACCCGAACUCCUGAACCUGGAGCCGUCUUCCCCCGUCAGGAGGACACGGAAGAGCAAAGAAUUCUACGACAUUGACGAUGACUGCACCGCUCUUUACAAAGUGCUGGAGGCCCUGAAAGCUCACAAAGACGCCUGGCCUUUCUUAGAGCCUGUUGACGACUCCUACGCCCCAAAUUACCAUGACAUCAUCCAGACUCCCAUGGACCUGUCUACCAUUGAAAAGAAGCUCGGUGACGGGGAGUACGUCGCCAAGGAGGAGUUUAUUGCAGAUGUGAAGCUCAUGUUUGAAAACUGUGUGGAAUACAAUGGAGAAGACAGCGAAUACACCGUCAUGGCCGAAUCUCUGGAGCGCUGCUUUAACCGGGCGCUGCUGAAACACUUCCCGUCGGAGGACGGCGACACGGACGAGGAGUUCCACAUCAGUCGGGAGGACCGAGAACGGAAGGACAAGAAGCGAAACCGGACCAGUAAACAUUUAGGACCGGAGAGCUUGAUCAGGGCCACGGAGCAGGUCCAGCGUAAGAGGAAUCCGCAGGGAAAAGGCAGCGCUCCUCCAGAGGCAGAGGACAGCCGGAUGCCCCGACUGCAGCUCCCACCCCACUGGGCCAGCGGCCCGGCUCAUGGCCCGGCUCAUGGCCUGCCUCCAAACCAGCAGCACAUGUUCCAUCCAGGACAGCAGCUCCGUCCUCCAGCUGGUCCUCCCGGUCCGCAGAUGUUCGCUCAAAGGAUGGCCAUGGAUCCUCGCUUCAGCUACCCGGUCCACAUCCCGAGGCCUGGAGACCCCAACUUCAGCCGCUACCCUCACAGUUUUAAUAUGCAGACUCAUUUGGCUGAUGGACAUCACAUGGGCCCCAGGUAUCCAAUGGGGCCGGACCCUAACGGGGGCCCUCCACAGCAGCGGCCCUACAUCGGUCCGACUCACGGUCCGUCCCUGGGGCCGCGCCCCACGGCCCUCCAGCCCAGCCCUCCCCCCGAAGCCAGCAUGUACCCGUCCCACCAGCGCCCCGAGGGCCGCUCCUUGCACCCCAUGGCCAGCCAGUUUUCUGGCCCCGAGGGUCCCGCUCAGCUCCCCUACCCCGGCCUGAGGCCCCCCGGCCUGGGCUCCUCCUCCGGCAUUUGGCCCGGCGUGAACGGCCAGGACCGGCUGAACCCCAACGCCGCCAACCAGCGCGGCUUCAGCUACGGCGGCAUGCCCCCGCCGAUGGGACACAAGCCGUGGCCGGAGGCCGCCGGUUACCCGCAGCAUCCCCACAACGCGCCGCAUCAGAUGUCCAGCUCCCUGGGGCCACUGGCCUCGCGGGCCCCGGCGCUGCAGUCGGACCCGGCUGGCAGGACUCAGUCAUCUUCCAUGCUGGAGAGCCCAGAGAUGCUGGCCCUGCAGCAGCUGUCGGCCUCCUCUGGACCCCCUGCUGGCGGCUUUCAUCAGCCGGGGCCCCCAUCAGGGUUUGGCAGCAUUCCCUCCAAACAGCUUCAGCUGCUGGGUCCGACUGGAGACAGAGGGACGGACGGCCAGCCGGACACGGAGCCCAGAGGUCCAACGUCCAACACCAAAAACGACGUAAACAUCUGUAAUGAAGCAACGCCACAGAGAAGCGUUCACGCCAUGAGCCUGGAACUGGCCGCCACUCUGAGUCCAUCGGGCCGCCCCACCGGGUUGGAGCGGACGGCCAGUUCCCAGACCCGCCAGCAGGGGGCGGACGGGCUGCCAGAGGGCUCCGCCCGGUCUCACGCCGCCUCCCCCCCGCCGUCCCCGCAACGCGCCCCGCUCAGCUCCCUGCCGCCCAGCCGCCCCUCCACGCUGCUGCCGCCCCAGCCCAGCGCGGCGGGGCCGGGCAGUCAGCGGCCCUGUGAGGCCGUCGGCAGGCCCGACUCGGAGGCCCUGAUGUCCGCCGCGCCCGGCAUCUACAAACAGUUCAGCAGCCAGACCCCACCCAUAGGGGGCGGCAUGGGGGGCAACAGAGGGAGCAACGCGGCCCAGAGGGGGCCAGGUGGCUACAGCCCCGUGGCACCGCCCCCCUCCCAGUACGGCCUGAGCGGCGCCCUCCAUGCACACUACAACAAGGCGCCGUUUCCCAGCCAGUCCGUAAACGCCCCGCCCCACCCUGCCUACCAGCAGGGGGGCAGCAACGCCUUCCCCUACCAGCAACCGCCCCCUCCCCUCAGGAACAUGUUCUCUCCCCAUCAGUACCAGCAGCCGGCCUACUAUGGCCCGCCGCUCAGCAGGGAGGGGUACCAGCCCCCCUAUCGGCCACAGCAGCCGGACGCCCCCAGCGCAUACCUCCCUGUGGGCGCCGCCAGGUCCAACGGUCACUUCAAGGACAGCGCUGCGUCACCGCCGGGCUCCAGCCGCGCCGCCUUGCUGUCCCCGGCCGGCUCAGAGGAGGGGGGGUGCGCCGAGGCGCCGGCCGGUCCAAUCAGCAACCAGACGGCUGAGAGCUCAGAGCCGCCGGAAAGCCCGAAGGAAAUCCUGGACCUGGACAGCCACAACGCCGCCGCCCGCCACCGGGGAGCGCCGCCUCUCCCGCUGCGGCACGCCCAUCCGGCAGGGUUCAUGUAUGACCCCCGAGCGCUGCACCCCGGCAUGCAGCAGGGUGGCGCCCCCCCACCUCACAUGAUGCCCCAGGCGGCGGGCAGCGGGACGCCGUACCCCGGCCAGCCGUAUCCGGACCCCCGCUACGCUGCCCAGAGGCCCCACCCACACCUGAUGGAGGCGCUACAGCGGCCCCAGCUGCCCUACCCCCCCGGGCAAACGCGCAUGGCCUUGUACCGACACCCCAGAGCUGCAGGGCACUUCCAGGGCAUGAUGGUCCAGCAGAGGGGGCCGGAGCGCUUCCUGCACCCGGGGCAGCAGAUGAUGGCCACUCCUGGAGGUGCUGGAGCGAAACAAGGACUGUAAAAAUCUGAAGAUCAACGUACGGAUUCAACAAACUGCUGGGACAGACAGGAAGUCCGUCCCAGUGGCUGCCGCUGUUUCCUGCUGGGAGGCUCCAACCGACCAGCUGCCACAGCACACAGAAUAAAAUGUGAAAUAGUUUUGAGCCUCAGAGAUCAAACCUCCUCCUGACUGUUUCUUCCAACGCUGAAGCUUUUAUCCUGGAACGAAGGGAACCCCUAUAACCACUAGGUCAACCUGUGCAGCGCCAGGGACGCUGCCUUCAGGGACGCCAGGCAGCCGCAGGUCGUCUCUUAAUCUCGGGUGUAGGAGAGGCGGGUCCUGAGCGGCCGCCUGCUGAUGCCUUCUUCCCCUCUGUGAAUGUAUGGUUAAUCUUUUAGACGACAAGCGCAGCUCCGCAGUUGCACAUGUAGGGACUCUGAUUCCUGCCGUUUCUACCCAUAACUCUAAAAGCGUCUCUAAACUUCAGUAUGCACCGUUCAGCGCUGCCUUGAUUUUACGAAUGUCCUGACAGGAAGCGGUUGCUUCCGUGAUUCUCUGUUAUGCACUAUGAGUUCAGUCAGUCCAGAUUCCCCCGAACUGAGUGGCCUUCCUCAGAACCUCUGAAAUGAUUAGAUAUCGGCUUUGUACUACUGAGGUCCCGCCGGUACGCUGCACACGCAUCCAUCAAACACGCAGCACAAAACGAAGCUUCUUGUGUUCAGAGUUUCAGGUGUCUUCCUCCUCCUCCUCUUCCUCCUGCUGUUCGUGGUCAGGUUCUCCUCAGGGUGUACAGAUGCAGAUUACGGGUAUUUUUGUGAAUCAUUCGAGGAAGGAGCAGCACGCCGAAACUUCUGUUAUCCCCGACCGGCUGCCUUUCUGCUUGUUUUUCUCAUAAAUGUGUUUUAGUUUCUUCUGAUUCUUAUUCUGCUUUCCUCUUCAUCUGAUCAAAGUCACUUUGGAUAAAAAUAAAUAAAAAUUCUAGUUUUCUCGCUUUUCAUUGUGACUUGUGGCAGUUUAGUCUUUAGUGCGGUUUAGUAAUGAUCUGAAUCUACCUCAUCUAGCUGCUGGCUGGCGUACAUUUCUUCUCCUCCCAGACUCUCCCAUCAGUGUACCAUCUCUUUUAAACCCCAGUGCAUGAUGGGAAAUCUGGUUGCAGUCUGUUCGGAGUCCAUUUGAACCCACAUAGUUUAAUAAAUGCGAUGUCUGGAAACACUGGAGGGAGUUUCCCUCAACGUUUUAUCAAAGUAGUGAAAUGUAAAAAUAGCAGGUAGCAUCUAAACAGGUUGAGAGUUUGUGUGUGCGUGUGUGUAGGUGUGUGUGCGCGCGUGUGUGUGUGUGCAUGUGUGUGUGUGUGUUUGUACUUGCCGCCAGUUGACUGGAACCGAUUCUCCCUCUUCUGCCAUCUCUGCACUAGCGACAAACCCAUUUAGACGUGAUUAAAUGUGAAUCAUAUUUAUUUGUUCUUUUAAGAUGUUUUGUACAUUUUUGGAUUUGUUUUAAUGUAACUUUUUCCCUGUGGCGUUUUUAAACCGUCGUCCUUUAUCUCAGGAGGACGGCGGCUUUGGGAGGAGGGGAAAAAGUCUUUUUGUUUUUAAAGUGGAGUUUACAUGUUCUUAUCUGACUGACAUGGAUUAUUUUGGGAAUGGAAUGGAUUAUUUUCUAUACUGUCUUAGAAAUAAAAAACGUUUCUCAACUC